AUGAACGUCGUCCGCGAGAUCAGCCGCAUCAACCAGGCCGAGCUCGACAUUGCCAUCAGGUCGCCAUCUGCGUCGUGGCAUCAGCAAUACAACGAUUCCGCCUACAUCUUUAUCGGAGGUCUACCGUACGAUCUCACCGAGGGAGAUGUGGUCACCAUCUUUUCGCAAUACGGCGAGGUAGUGGAUGUUAAUCUUCCGCGCGCCAAUCCAACGUCCACUUGCACUCACGCCAACAAUAACGACAAUGACGAUCGCAACCGCGCAGCCUCCUCCUCACAGCAAUCCAAGCCGCUCGCAAAGGGAAAGCACAGAGGCUUUGGCUUUCUCAUGUACCAAGAUCAACGCUCCACCGUGUUGGCUGUGGACAACCUCAAUGGUGCACAGGUGCUAGGUAGGACGCUCAGAGUCGACCAUGUAGCCAGUUACAAACAGCCCAAAGUGACCGACGAACAAGGCAAUCGCGUCGAGGCGGAUGUCAAGAGUCUCAAUGCGGCUCCUGUGGAAUUGGAUGUACGUGACAACCGUGUACAUGACUUGGCGCAAGACGACGACGCAGACUUGCAAGACCCUAUGGCGGCGUACUUUCAACGGCGAAACAGGGAGCAAAACCUCGACUUGACGCACGACCCCAUCGACGAAAGAGACGAAAAACGACGCAGAAAGCAAGAAAGAGCAAGGAUCCGCGCCGAGAGAGACGAGAGACGCCGUAAACACGCCUCUGCAUCCGGCACGGAUCCGAGAGAUCACGCUUCCAGCUCGAGCUCGGAUCGGCGUCAACACAGUGCUAGCCACCGUGAUGAUGCCAACGAGCAGCAUCGAGAGCCAAAACCACAUCCAUCACAUCACAGUGCGCGUGGUUAUCAUCGCAAGCAAGGGGACCAUGCUGGGUUCAGCCAAGCAAGCGAAACAAGUGAACCAGAAGACGACGCGAUCAAUCGCUACGAACGCUCAAAGACUUCUCGCAGCGUUUUAGAUAUGGAUCGUGCGUCAGAUUCAAAGUAUGCUGCCUCGCGCUCAAGGUCACGCUCACGUUCGCCACCACGCUCAUCUCGACACCCCAAUGAGCGCAGCAGCCGACACGAUCAACACGGACAUCGUCGACGGCAUCAUCACACGCAUCGACCUGCCACCUCGUCGUCGCAUCAUCACCGAAGCAGUCGUCAACAAAGCAGCUCUUACUCAUCGUGA